AUGGUUGCGUUCGUUGGAGCUUCUGGAGCGGGCAAGAGCACAAUCAUUCGGCUGUUGCUGAGAUUCUAUGGUGUCGAUAGCGGGUCAGUGCUGAUCGAUGGCGAGAAUGUGAAGAACUGUUCUCAGGAGUCUACGCAAGCAAAUUGGAGUUGUCGCCCAAGAUACGAUCUUGUUCAACCGAUCUCUGCGAUUCAAUAUUUCAUACGGCAAACCAGAUGCAUGUGA